AUGGCCUACCUACUCCGCUAUGUGCUCCUCACAAUCGUUGCGAGCCGGCUGCGCCUGUAUGGCAACGGCAUCGGGAACGAGAGGUCAUUUUUGUUGCUGCUUGCCGAUAUAAAUUUCCUCUCUCAAAAUAAAUGUCUUAGUUUUGCGAAACUCAAAGACAGUGCGAGGAACACGGACGCACUAUGCAACGCCAUACACACCUACAACACAAAUAGCGGGCGGUCGUUUCAUGAAAUAUCAAUAGAAACAAUUAUUGAACCGUUUAAAGUAAUAAGACUAGUCGCGCUCGCCGGCCGCAGUCCGCGCAGUCCGCAAAGUCCGCACUGUCACCACCACGCGGGCCCGUCGCUCGUAUCACAGGGUGCGCACGCGUCCGUGUCGCGGGCGCGGGUCCCAAAUAAA